AGCCGUGGCAGUAUUUUAGUUUUAAGUGAGGAGGAGCGGCAGGAGUUUUUGUUUCAGGAGAAGCUGCCAUCAUGUCCAGAGCUACCAGGCAAGGAAGCGCGGCUAGCGACUUACCCAACCAGGAGAACAUGCUCCCCAGGCUCAGAGGCUCCCUUAAACCGCGAGCUGCCGAGAACCAAGAAAACCUUCCACCGAAGCAGGCCUCCAACAGAACCGUCCUGGGUGCCCUGCAGAACAACCAUCGGAGCCGAGCCCAGAACCAGCGCGGCGCGAAGCAGGAAGCUUCGCAACCCUUGGCUUGUAAAAAUGAAGACUUCAGCAAAAGCUGCUUCGAUAGGCCGCCUGUUAAGCAGCCGGCCUUCCAGAUCCAUGUGGAUGAGCCUGAUGGAGCCUGCACCAAGAAGCAAGUGGCCGAAAUGAUUAAAGCACAACCAGUGCUGGAAGAAUCUCUGUUGGCAGUCGGCAGUGCGGUGACCCAGCUCCGAGAGCCCCUGACCAACAUCAAUAUCCCACCAGCAAUGGAUGUCAGCUUUGGUUCUCCCAUGGACAUGUCUGUGAUUGAAGGGGAGGAAAAACCAUCUGGCGCAAACGACUUUCCAGAAUAUGCUGCUGAAAUCCACAAGUACCUCAGAGAAAUGGAGAUGAAAACCAGGCCUAAAGCAGGCUACAUGAAGAAGCAGCAUGACAUCACAAACAGCAUGAGGGCCAUCCUGGUAGACUGGCUGGUUGAGGUUGGAGAAGAGUACAAGCUCCAGAACGAGACUCUCUAUCUGGCUGUUAACUACAUCGACCGCUUCUUGUCGUCGAUGUCCGUUCUGAGGGGAAAACUUCAACUUGUGGGAACCGCUGCCAUGCUGCUGGCUUCAAAGUUUGAGGAGAUCUACCCUCCUGAGGUGGCAGAGUUUGUCUACAUCACAGACGACACCUACACCAAGAAACAAGUGUUGAAAAUGGAGCAUUUGGUGCUGAAGGUGCUCUCCUUUGACAUGGCGGCGCCAACAAUAAACCAGUUUCUCACGUUGUACUUCUGCCACCAUUCUGUUGCCAAACGGGUGGAGAGCCUGGCACUGUACCUCUCGGAGCUCAGUUUGGUUGAUUCGGAUCCAUUCUUGAAGUACCUGCCCUCGGAGACGGCGGCUGCUGCCUUCGUCCUGGCCAACAACACGGUGACUGGAGGCUCAUGGCCCCAGUCCUUGGUGGAGGAGACUGGUUACAGACUCGAUGAUCUGAUGCCAUGCAUCGAGGAUCUUCAUCGAACAUACGCCAACGCUGCGCAGCACGCCCAGCAGUCUGUCCGGGAGAAGUACAAGGGCUCAAAGUACCAUGAAGUUUCCAGCAUCAACCCACCAGCCACACUGCUGCUGAACUGACUGCAGUCUCCAUGAUUAACGUGCACGUGUACCUCGUUGUAGGUUAGGGUGUAUUUUUUUUAUUUUUUUGUAAAUGAUGU